UCCUCUCAUUGCACCCAAACGCGCGCAGGUCGAUGUCUCCUCCGCUCCUCGGAAUCGAAUUCUGAGACUAGAACUACAUCAAACAUCCGCUUCAAACUCUGUAGUCAUUACUGUCGGUUCUAGAAGACUUUACCGUUAUUUUGUAUUCCCUCUCUCUCUCUUUUUGAAAGUUGGAUUAUGAGCGCAGUCUGUUCGGCAGGAUAUAGUCGGUUUACCAGCGGUUCCUCAGAAGAUGACCGGUGAUAGGAAACAGCGAAAGGAGGUCGAUGCUGCCAAAGGUAGAGUGGUUCCCAGGUAAAGCCCUCCUAUGAGGUGAGGUUGAGUUGACCCCUGACCCCUGGCCAGCCCCCCAGCACCCCUCACGCAGCGACCCUCCACCAGGCAGCAGGACUAAGGGAUGUCACGGGGCUUCCUCCUGCUCACGCUGCUCACAGUCUCCUCCAGCAUCCAAGUGUCCCCAGCUAAGCCUUUAAAGGCGUUGAUGCAGAGAUGGGUGAUGUACACGGAGGAGUGUAGCCGCAAUAACAGCAGAGAACCGGCGCUCACUGGUGUGAUGUGUAACAGGACCUUUGACAUGUAUGCCUGCUGGCCCGAUGGACUCCCCAACACUACCGUCAGUGUGUCCUGUCCCUGGUACCUGCCCUGGCACCACAAAGUCCAGCAUGGAUCGGUGUACAGGGAGUGUGACGCGGACGGCCAGUGGGUUCCCCAGAAGAACACUAGCGAGUGUGACGCUAAUGAUCCUGCUCAGGUGAAAAUGAUGUGUCUUCAGCACUAUGGCCAGAUCCUCAAGAAGUUCCGGACCAUGUACACCGUGGGCUACUCUCUGUCUCUGGGGGCUCUGGUGUUAGCACUCGGAAUCCUGAUCACUUUCAGGAAGCUCCACUGUAUGAGGAACAACAUCCAUAUGAACCUGUUUGCCUCCUUCAUCCUGCGUGCUCUGUCCAUCCUGAUAAAGGACGCCAUGUUGGAGGCUCCCAGCGUCAACAUCGGACAGGACCAGGACAUUACACACUACGAGGUGGAGUGGCUCGUCAACAACCAGACGGCGGUGGGGUGUCGUAUCGCCGUGGUGAUGAUGCAGUACAGUAUCAUGGCUAACAGCUAUUGGCUGCUGGUGGAAGGCAUCUACCUCCAUAACCUGCUGGUCAUCACCGUGUUCACUGAGAAAAACUACUUCAACAUCUACCUGUGCAUCGGCUGGGGUGCCCCUCUGAUCUUCCUGGUGCCCUGGGUGAUGGUGAAAUACCUGUAUGAAAAUGAGGAGUGCUGGGAGCAGAAUAUCAACAUGCAGUACUGGUGGAUCAUACGAUCCCCUAUACUGCUGGCAGUUGUGAUAAACUUCCUGAUCUUCAUCCACAUAAUAAAGAUCCUGGUGUCCAAAUUGAGAGCUCACCAGAUGAGAUACUCUGACUACAAGUUCCGGUUGGCUAAGUCUACCCUAACCCUGAUCCCUCUACUAGGAAUCCACUUGGUGGUGUUUGUCUUCGUGACGGAUGAGUCCACCAAGGCCACCAUCACCCUGCGUCUCACCAAACUCUUCAUAGACCUCUUCUUCACCUCCUUCCAGGGUCUGCUGGUGGCUAUCUUAUACUGCUUUGUCAACAAAGAGGUUCAAUCAGAGAUUCUGAAGAAGUGGAAGCGUUGGAAGCUGGGUCGUAACAUCGAGGAGGAGUACCGCCACACCUACAGCCAGCCGCCCCACCUCAACACCAAGAGCAACAGCCUGGUGGGUCACGGGGGUCGCGACCCCUCGCACCCCUCCUCCCUGCUCCUCCACCCCCACCUCCCUGACAUCACCACCUGCUCACCUGCUCCCCCUGGCCAGGGCCCAGGCUGCUCCCCAGAGGAGAAGCACCUCCUGGUGGUGAGCUGUCAGAAUGGCAUGGGGCGGAGCAGGAAGAACACGGGGUCGUCCAUGCAGCUCCCCUCCCCACCACGUGAGGGCGCCAUCAGCUGUAGUCACAUGCUGAUAGAGGAUAAUAUGGAUGACAUCUGCUUGACGGACAGGGUGUCAGAGUGUUACGAGGCUCCUAGAGGAAAUGCAGAGAGCCACCUCUGAGACUGGAGAGGACGGGGGACGGUUAAUGAUGUAACACCCUGGUAACACUCUGGAGCUGGGGAGUGUGUUUCAGGAGAGGUGUGUGUCUCAAUGGACCAAUGUUAAUGAGAGAGAUGGGCUUGAGAGACCCAGGACCAGUGUGUGUCUCAGUGGCCGUCACCCUGGACCAAUGUUAAUGAGAGAGAUGGGCUUGAGAGACCCAGGACCAGUGUGUGUCUCAGUGUUGGUAUCGUAACCCUGGAACAGUUAGUGGGAGAGAGAGGCAGUACUCGGCCCUCUCCAAUCCACAGCCAAAGGAGAGAAACAUAGGACAAGCUAGAUGGAUCAGUUGGCAUCAGUUGACAGUUGACAUCAAUUGACAUCAGUUGACA